AUGCACUCAAGUCCAAGAGGAAGGAAUCUCGCGAACACAGGAUAUAUCGCAAUUGCAAAGAUCUCGUUGUCAAUUGGCCAGGGUGGAUGGCCAUUUAACCAUUGCCUGGUUGCAUUAAUUGCCGAUAAGGCAAAAGAACCUGUGAGACUGCCAGGAUUAUUUUCACUUCCUUCGAUCGAGGCUCCAAUGGAAGCCAGCCCCGCUGAUAAUUCCGCAUCCCCGGAAUGA